AACAGGCACUUUGUUGACGAAUAGAAAGCCUCAGCCUUGUGGUGGACUGUUGAUACAUCCAAUAGCCUAAAGUGGCAGUAAUACAGUCUGUCCGUGGUGCGGUGGUGAACACUCACUGGAUGGGUCAAGAGGACAACGCUACAUGGGGGACGCAGGCGACAGCGGCUGGUAACGAUACCACCGCUCCUACACACCGGAGAGGCCAAUUCGCAUGGUGGAGAAAUCUGUAGGGCUUUACGACGCUCCGCUAUUGGGAAUUGACUUGAUAAAAUAACCAAGCAGAGCAUGAACACAUCGCUUUUGAGGUAACAAGAGGAUUUGAACACUGGGAGAUAACCACACACACAGAGGGAGAAAGGGCCAUGCUCAGAUACUCCGCCGCUUUGUAAUCAACGUCGUGUGUGUGUGUGUGUGUGUGUGUGUGUGUGUGUGUGUGUGUGUUUCCGUGUUUCCAGUGGCUCCUUCUCUGAGCAUGGACUGACCCAAUCCCUCUCUGGAUGAUUUGAUGGGGCUGCUCAGAGUCAUGAUGCCGCCCAAGUUGCAGCUUCUGGCGCUGCUGGCGUUCGCAGUGGCCAUGUUCUUCCUGGAGAACCAGAUCCAGAAGCUGGAGGAGUCCCGGGGGAAGCUCGAACGAGCCAUCGCCAGACACGAGGUGCGAGAGAUCGAGCAGCGGCACACGCAGGACGGCCUGCGGGAACGGGACUCGUCGGCCUCGUCGCUGUCCGAGGGCCAAGAUGACAUCGUCAUCAUCUACAACCGCGUGCCCAAAACGGCCAGCACUUCCUUCACCAACAUCGCCUACGACCUGUGCGGGAAGAACCACUACCACGUCCUUCACAUCAACACCACCAAGAACAACCCGGUCAUGUCCAUACAGGACCAGGUGCGGUUUGUAAAGAAUGUGACUGAGUGGAGGGAAAUGAAGCCGGCUUUCUACCACGGACACGUCUCCUUCCUGGACUUCACCAAGUUUGGGGUGAAAAGGAAGCCCAUCUACAUAAACGUGAUCCGAGACCCCAUUGAAAGGUUGGUGUCCUACUAUUACUUUCUGCGUUUCGGGGAUGACUACCGGCCCGGCUUAAGACGCAGGAAACAAGGAGACAAGAAGACAUUUGAUGAAUGUGUAUCAGCCGGCGGCUCAGACUGUGCCCCUGAGAAGCUCUGGCUCCAGAUUCCCUUUUUCUGUGGUCACUACUCUGAAUGCUGGAACGUGGGCAGCCAGUGGGCUCUGGAGCAGGCCAAAUACAACCUGGUGAAUGAAUACAUGCUGGUGGGAGUAACCGAAGAGCUGGAGGACUUUGUAAUGAUGCUGGAGGCGGCGCUGCCACGCUUCUUCAAAGGAGCCACUGAGCUGUACAAAACAGGGAAGAAAUCCCACCUGAGGAAGACCAGCGAGAAGAAGCCGCCCACAAAGGAGUCCAUCGCCAAGCUGCAGCAGUCGGCCAUCUGGAAGAUGGAGAACGAGUUCUACGAAUUUGCACUGGAGCAGUUCCAGUUUGUCCGGGCACAUGCUGUCAGAGAAAAGGACGGGGAGCUCUACUUGCUGGCACAAAACUUCUUUUACGAAAAAAUCUACCCCAAAAACUAAAGAGGCAACAUGUCCAUAGAAGAAGGGUUGGAGAGGACACUUCAGUUGGUACGGGCUCGAUGUUGCAGUCUGAGAUGAAGAAGAGAGAGUGAGAGUGGGACUAAUAGACUACAGGUGUCCGUGUGGCUGCUUUGUGCGUGUGGUUGAAGACGUAACGUAGAGCUGCAGAUCAAAUCCGCUUCUACUGAGGGCUCUGUUAAUACGCGUCUCCGCCAGCCAACUGGACGAGGAGUUUGUGUUUCAUCAGCAGGUUGUGUUCCCAACCCCCUCCCCCCACACCAGGCCUCGAAUCCCCUUUAUUUCCAUGUCAAAGGUCUUCUGCAGAGGACCUCUGCCAACACGUGUCCUGAGACAGCUUGUCCAGCAACUGGUCACCAGUCCUAAACUGCUGAUAGGUUUCACUGUUCUCCGAUCCAGGCAAAACAUUUUCAUCGGCUCUGUGCUGUUUAGUUGUAUUUGGUUGUAUUUUAACUCUUUACUAUGGUUGUCUUUUGUAUGUAAAGACAGUGACAUUUUUCAUGGUGACAUGAAACGCCCAUGCCUCACCACUCCUACUAACUUAAGGAUAUUUUAAGUGUAAGAAACUGACUACUGUGCUGUAUUAUGGGACUUGAAUGAGAACUUUUGAGGUUUUUACAAAAUAAAAAUCCUGUGACCAUGGACUGCUUACUGGGACGAGUGCAUAUGUUUUAUACUCUACUUGAUGUGUUGGAUGUAAACAUGCAGCUUUGCCUGGAGGCUUUUCCUCCCCAAUGAACAUGAGAAUACGGAAGUGUGUAAGAACACUAAGGUAAAGAUGCUGCUGCUGUAAAUAUUUACUACUUUUUCAGUGCAAUUCAUUCACAGACACAUUUUCUACAUUCUAAAAUUAACCCAUUUAUACUGUUAAUGCCCUUUUAAAGUUGCAGUAUGUGCAUGUUAUCAGUUUGUACAUUUAUUUCAACCUUUUAAUUUAACCUUUUAGUCUAUUUUUGUUGUUUUCAUUUUCUUUUUAUCAUAGACCCAGUUGGGUGUUCACUAUACUAUUAUGCUAGUCCGGAAUGUGCUGACAUUUAGGGAAAUGCUCUCAUUCUCCUUUCUUGCCCAGAGUUAAGUCAGGAGAUUGAUAUCCCCCUAAUAUUAGUCCAUUAGAGAUAAGGCAACAGCCAGCAGCAGGUUACCUUGACUUCUUGUCAUCUAGUCUUGCAUUGCCAGACCUGAUCUCCACAGUGUUAUGCAAGAGAAUAUGCCUAUUUCUCCAAAAUAUCAGAUGAUAUUUUUGCAGUUCUCCACAUAAAAGAUGGUGGAGAAAUUGGUAAUAACUUUGCGUGUGUAGUUGUCAUCUAUUGUUUUCUUGACCGUUGGGUUUAUUGUAGUUUUAAUGGCCUUUCGUUGGCUGAUUGAAAUCCUUGUCUACUCUUCAUUAAUUGCUUACUAACCAGUUUAAAGUGACAUAAUGUUGCCCCUUCAACAAUUCACCUGGAAGAGCUGCACAGACUUUUUGGUAUACUGCAACAUUGCAAUUCCUGAGGUAUUUAAGCAUACAGAUGAAUAGGUACUCCGUUUUAACUGAGGACAUACUGCAGUUCGCCACUCAGUUUUUUGUGUGCCUUCUCUACACCCAGCUCCCCCUGUCUGUCAGAUGCAACAUAAAACAACAUGGCUGUUUUCAUCUUGUGUUUGCCAAAUGAAAUACACAGAAGAUUUAUUUUAA